CCUCGUGUCAGUAGACUGUCUGUGUGUGGCACUGGGUUGCAUUGCUGGAAGAAGGGGGAAAUGAGCGUAAGGCGAAGAAGUACAACGUUACACUUUUAAACCUCUUCAAAAUCGGAAGUACAUUUUUGGCAGUGUUUUCUGGUGGAUUACGCGAACAUUUGUUUCUGCGCUGUGGAGUUUGGCGGCUCUGUAUUGCUUUUCCUCGGACCUGCGCGCGGAGAUUCACACUCUCCUCGAGUCGGGAGAUGUUUGUCGCCGUUUGCGUCCACCAGGAACCAUUUCUUCCUCUCAGCGCCGAAGAGUAAGACAUUGAGUUGGUGGUUAACAAUUGCAGAAGUUGAUUGCAGUUGCUGAUACGGUGGAAGUGAUUCGGCGAUUCGGACUCACAAAGGCAGAGGGAAAAGGGUUCAAGCAGCAGAGAUCUAAGAGCACAGGAUUUUGCCCCCCAGCCUCCAGUGGGCUUCGUGUCCGACUGAUUUUUGUCUGGUACAGUGGCGUGCCAGUGGACACCCCCACCAAAGAGACCUCCAAUAAAUAAAGGAUACAUUUCAAGAUGUAUCCACAGGGCCGGCAUCCGGCGCCCCACCAGCCUGGUCAGCCAGGCUUCAAAUUCACAGUGGCGGAGUCCUGUGACCGGAUCAAAGACGAAUUUCAGUUCCUGCAAGCCCAGUAUCACAGUCUUAAAGUGGAGUACGACAAACUGGCCAAUGAGAAGACGGAGAUGCAGCGCCAUUAUGUCAUGUAUUAUGAGAUGUCCUAUGGGCUGAACAUUGAAAUGCACAAACAGACCGAGAUUGCCAAAAGGCUCAAUGCGAUUCUAGCCCAGAUUAUGCCUUUUCUGUCACAAGAGCACCAACAGCAAGUAGCGCAAGCUGUUGAACGUGCAAAGCAAGUGACAAUGACAGAACUGAAUGCUAUCAUCGGGGUACGUGGACUUCCCAAUCUGCCUCUAACCCAGCAGCAGCUCCAGGCCCAGCACCUCUCUCACGCUGCCCACGGCCCUGUGGCUUUACCCCCCCACCCUUCUGGCCUGCAGCCCCCAGGAAUCCCACCGGUCACUGGCUCUGGCUCAGGCCUGCUGGCUCUGGGAGCCCUGGGAAGUCAGCCACACUUGCCUGUGAAGGACGAAAAAAAUCACCACGAUUUGGAACACCGAGAGAGCACGAACAUCUCCAUCUCGCCAUCAGACAGCCUUCGCACAACCAGUGAGAAGCACCGCGGCUCCUCUGAUUAUAGUCUGGACUCCAAGAAACGCAAAGUGGAGGACAAAGACAGCAUGAGUCGAUAUGACAGUGAUGGAGACAAAAGUGAUGAUCUUGUGGUUGACGUGUCCAAUGAGGACCCUGCCACCCCCAGAGGCAGCCCCGCCCACUCCCCUCCUGAGAAUGGUAUAGAUAAGCCUCGCCCUGCAAAAAAGGAUACGCCCAACAGCCCCGCCUCUGUGGCCUCCUCCGGCGGCACCCCCUCCUCCAAAAACAAGGAGCAUGGUCAUAAUGACAAAUCCUCCACGCCUGGUCUCAAGUCCAACACCCCCACACCUCGUAACGAUGCCCCCACCCCGGGCACCAGCACCACCCCUGGCCUGCGGCCCAUUCUGGGCAAGCCUCCGAUGGAAGCUCUGGCCGCCCCUGCUCUGCGCACCCCCCUCUCCUACCCGACUCCCUUUGCCAUGAUGGGCCACCAUGAGAUGAAUGGCUCUCUGACCAGCCCUGGAGUCUACGCUGGCCUGCACAUAUCCCCUCAGAUGAGUGCAGCAGCAGCCGCUGCCUAUGGACGCUCUCCCAUGGCUGGUUUCGAGCAUCCUCAUAUGAGAGCUCCCGGACUCCCUGCCAGCCUUACCUCAAUCUCUGGAGGAAAACCAGCAUACUCUUUCCACGUUAGUGCUGACGGACAGAUGCAGCCUGUACCCUUCCCUCCUGAUGCACUGAUUGGUCCAGGGAUCCCACGCCACGCCCGUCAGAUUAACACCCUCAGUCAUGGAGAGGUUGUGUGUGCCGUUACAAUCAGUAAUCCCACUCGCCACGUCUAUACCGGUGGCAAAGGCUGUGUUAAGAUCUGGGACAUUAGUCAGCCUGGAAGCAAGAGCCCAGUGUCUCAACUAGACUGCCUGAACAGGGAUAACUACAUUCGCUCGUGUAAACUGUUACCUGAUGGCCGCACUCUAAUCGUUGGAGGAGAGGCCAGCACUCUGACCAUUUGGGAUCUUGCUUCCCAGACACCCCGCAUUAAAGCCGAGCUGACCUCCUCCGCGCCGGCCUGCUACGCACUGGCCAUCAGCCCUGAUGCUAAAGUGUGCUUCUCCUGCUGCAGUGAUGGCAACAUUGCCGUCUGGGACCUUCAUAACCAAACCCUCGUCAGGCAGUUCCAGGGUCACACCGAUGGUGCCAGUUGCAUUGACAUCUCUCAUGAUGGCACUAAAUUGUGGACAGGCGGCCUUGACAACACAGUACGAUCCUGGGACCUCAGAGAGGGACGGCAACUCCAACAGCAUGACUUCACAUCUCAGAUCUUCUCCCUGGGCUACUGUCCCACGGGUGAAUGGCUGGCAGUUGGUAUGGAGAGCAGCAAUGUGGAAGUUCUCCACCACACCAAGCCUGACAAGUACCAGCUGCACCUUCAUGAGAGUUGUGUUCUCUCUCUCAAAUUUGCCUAUUGUGGUAAAUGGUUUGUGAGCACUGGGAAGGACAAUCUGUUGAAUGCAUGGAGGACUCCCUACGGCGCCAGCAUAUUCCAGUCAAAGGAAUCAUCCUCGGUUCUGAGCUGUGACAUCUCAGCCGAUGACAAGUACAUUGUUACAGGCUCUGGAGACAAGAAGGCCACGGUGUAUGAAGUGAUCUACUAGACUGAGAGGUAACAGGGUGGAGCAGCUCAGGCAUCUGGAGGAGGAAGGACAGACGACUUCUUACUCCAGUGACUCUCCUAGUCAAACAGACACGAACAGCCUUUGUCUGUCUGUCUGACUACCUUUCGCAUUCUCACUGACUAUAUUACUGACUGACCUGACUGCAGCCCUGGACGAGUGGGUGCUUGGUUGACCUGGACUUGAGCUGCCUGGACGUGGAUAUAAAUGUGCAGCCCUGCAGACCCCAAAACACCACCUCCACCGUGACCACACUCGGGCCAUUUUAUUUGGCACUAGAGAACAUUGUCUCAAUGUUACUUUCCUUGGUGGUUUUUUCGUCAUCUUUCUUUGGAUUUUGUCUUUUUCUCACUAUGCGGUGAGAAUGUUGCAUAAUGCAUUGUGAAGCAGUGCUUCGUUCUGAAACUUCAUCUGCGUGGAGGCUUUGUGAAAAGUGUACAUAAUGGAGUAUUAAAAUGUCUUUUAUAGA